AUGAUAGGAAUCUCCGGGUCAAUUACAGACGGGCUCGAGCCUAAACCUGUGUCUGGAUCUCCUUCUGAUCUCAAUCACGCGGCGGAUGUUGUCCUCAGUAACGAGUUUAAGAAUGUGGGUUUGGAUGACGUGUCGAAGGAUGGGAAGAUGAUGAGUGUAUCUGAGGGUAAUGGUGGUGUUGAUUCGAAAGCCCUAGACGGAAACCAGGAGGAAGAAGAUGGUGUGAGCGAGAACGAGAGCCAAGUGGUGUAUCCGGUGAGGCCAGGAGCAGAGGAUUGCGCGUUUUACAUGAGAACAGGGAGCUGCAAAUUCGGAUCCACUUGCAAGUUCAACCACCCUCUUCCAAAUCCCAGAAAACUCCAAAUUGCUAUGGAGAGUAAAGUAAGAGAAAAGGAAGAGGAUGCUGAUAGACUCAUGGAUUGCAAGGUUCCUUUCACCUUUAUUACAUGCUCUCGUUUUGUUAAUGGCAUAACUUAUAUUCAGUUCUUGUAUGCGGGUUUGCAGUAUUACUUCAGGACAGGAGGUUGCAAAUAUGGAUUAACUUGUAGAUUCAACCAUGCAAAACCAAUGUCUGAUGUAUCCUCAGCACCUGAGCUUAACUUCCUCGGCCUUCCCAUCAGACCGGGAGAAAUAGAAUGUCUUUUCUACAUGCGCAAUGGCUCUUGUAAAUUCGGAGCUGACUGCAAAUUUAAUCAUCCUGAUCCCUCAACUCUUGGAGGAACCGACUCUCCAUCUUUUCAUGGUAAUAAUGGUGGAUCCAUCGGAUCAUUCUCCCCUAAAAGCACAUUCCAACCAAGUUCAACGUCCUGGUCUUCACCGAGGCAUGCGAACGGUACAGCUCCUUUUAUUCCAUCCAUGUUGUCUCAGAGUCGUGGAGCUUCAGCUCAAACUCCCGAGUGGAAUAGCUAUCAGGCUUCUGUGUAUCCAUCAGAAAGGAGUGUGUUUACUCCUUCCAACGCAUACCUUAUGAACAAUUCAUCUGCUGAAACAAGUAUUUUCACACCAUACAAAUAUCAAAAACCUGCUGAGGAAUUCCCAGAACGUCCGGACCAGCCUGAGUGCAGUUAUUAUCUUAAAACUGGGGAUUGCAAGUUCAAAUUCACUUGCAAAUACCAUCAUCCUAAGAAUCGUUUGCCAAAACAGCCUCCUUAUGCUCUCAAUGACAAGGGGUUACCCCUUAGACCUGAUCAAAUCAUCUGCACUCAUUACAGUCGCUACGGCAUCUGCAAAUUUGGUCCAGCUUGUAGAUUUGACCAUUCCAUCCAACAGCUCCCGGAUUCGACAGGAAGCUCACAUGCUGUAGGAGAACCUCCUCAGGUCGGCGCUAAUGGUAAUGAAAGUGAUGGUUGGAAUUGACACCAAGCUUCAUGACCUUACAUACCUGAUACAUUUUGUCUUUAUCAUGGGUUUUUUUUUAAUUUUCGUUACAAACGUUUUAGGUAAAUUAAACUCUAAAACAAUAUGUAUGUGGCAAGUCUGUCCUCGGUGCUUUUGACAGAUUUUCACCACAGAACUUUUGUAAUCUGUCCACCGCACUCAAGUCUUGAGGUUAAAUGGAACCUGC